ACUACCAUGCAACGAUUAGAGUUAUUUGACAUCAUCAAAGAAAGUUUGCAACAAAAGAGAUAUAUAAUUGUGUUAGAUGAUGUUUGGCAAGUAGACUUGUGUAAUGAUAUUAGUUGUGCUUUUGUUGAUAGCAACAAUGGAAGUAGACUAAUUAUUACCACUAGAAUGCAUGAAGUAGCAAGGAUAGCAAAUGAAGAACAUAUCAUGAAGCUGCAACAACUUAAUGAAAAAGAUGCAUGGAUUUUGUUUUGCAAGAAGGCAUUUCGAAGAGAGAACAAUAAAGAUUGUCCAAAAGAGCUUGAGGAUUACACUGGUAGGAUUUUGAACAAAUGUCAAGGCUCACCAUUAGCUAUUGUAGCAAUUGGCAGUUUAUUAUCAUUCAAGGAAAAGAGUGAAACUGAAUGGAAGAAAGCCUAUGAUAACCUUCAAUGGGAGUUUGAAAACAACCCUGCGCUAGAUAAAGUGAAGAAUAUUCUCAACCUGAGCUUCAAUGAUUUGCCUUACUAUCUAAAGAAUUGUUUUGUAUAUUGUAGCAUCUUCCCUGAAGAUUAUCUAAUAAAGAGGAAGAAACUAAUCCGAUUGUGGGUCGCUGAAGGAUUUGUGGAGGCAAAGAGCAGUAACAGAUCAAUGGAAGAGGAGGCUGAAGACUAUCUUGCUGAACUUGUGGAUCGGUCCAUGCUUCAGGUGGUUAACAGAAAUGCAUUUGGGAGACUUCAGACUUUCAAAAUGCAUGACGUUGUAAGAGAGGUAACACAAGAAAUAUCUAGAAAGGCAAAAUUUAGCAUGAUUCUUGAUGGUUCACAAUCAGGUUUGGACUAUCAAACUCGCCGCCUUUCCAUCCAAACAACUGAUGAAUCCCUUGAUUUAGAUAAGAGCCUGAGCCUUUCACAACUUCGCUCUUUGGUUAUGCUCUCAACUUGCAAUUCUAGUUCAGAUUCCCUAAGUGCAAUCUUAAUUAGUUUCAAAAUGUUGAGGGUGUUGGAGCUGGAAUUUCAGCCAAUCUCCAACUUACCAAAUGAAAUUUCAGCCUUGUUUAACCUUCACUAUUUGGGUUUGAGGGGUACAAAAGUGGAAAAUCUUCCCAACAAUAUCCAAAAGCUCCAGAGUUUGGAAACACUUGACCUCCGUUGUUCCAAUAUAGUGAAGCUCCCACGUGGUGUGACACAAUUGAAGCAACUUCGUCACCUAUUUAUGUUUGCACGUGAAAUUGAAUUUGGGGGAUCAACUGUAGUUGGAUGUGUUCCAACUCUCAAAGGGGCACGGCAGUGGAAGAACCUACAAACCCUCAGACAAGUUAAAGCAAACAAGAGCCUUGUACAACAAUUGGAAGACAUGAAAGAGCUCCGAACAUUGGCAGUUACAGAGGUGGAAUAUGCCCAUUGUCCUCAGCUUUGCACCUCAUUGACUAAGCUGACUAAACUUCAUAGUUUAUGCUUGUCUGCAAGGAGCGAAGAACAGCUCAACUUUGAAAUAUUAAAUUCUCCACCUCCUCCACUUCAGAAGUUGACAUUGUCGGGUAGAUUAUUUGAAGGGAAAAUGCCUAAAUUUAUUUGCUCUUGUGAAGAACUUACAUAUGUGCAACUGAUGUCGUCACAUUUAAUCGAAGAUCCACUUCCUUCACUCGGACAAUUGCAUAAACUAGUGGAGUUAACAUUGUGGGAAGAUUCAUAUGACGGACAAAAACUGCACUUUAGAACAGGUUGGUUCCUUAAUCUUAAGGUACUUUACUUGGAGACUUUGAGGAACUUAAAUAACAUUGUGAUAGAGGAAGGUGCCAUGCCAAAUUUACUUAAGCUAAUAAUGAGUAGUCUUGGAGAAUUAAGAAUGAUCCCUCCUGGUAUCGAGUUUCUCACCAAUCUCCAAAGUCUCGAACUAUGUGCCCUACCUGAGGAGCUAGUGGAAAAAUUAAGAAAUGACGAUGACAACGAAGUCCUACAAAGAAUUGGAGGUACUCGAAAUGUUGUUGUUGAUUCAAUAAGCAAUUAAAAUAUGUUUUUUUUUUAUAUAUAUUUGUUCAUGUAUAAAAUAGCCCUAAAGGGAAUCAGCCAGAAUUUGAAAGAAAAUAUUUAUUGAGUCUUGUACUAUGUAUAUAUUUUGUAAUAUUAUAA